ACAACUGGUAUUGAGAAACACUGACACGAAAAUUGCAUGGAAAGUUGUACAAGUAGAAAAAAUCUUAUUUGAUUAACUUGUAUUUCAGAAAUAUGCUGCUUUACCAACUAAAUAUCAAAGCCGACAACAGUCGCUUUAAAUGUCUGCGUUUUAUGAAAACAUGUGACGUGUUUCACAUACAUAGGUUUUGAAGUAAGCAAGCAUGGAAUAUUUUAAAAGUGGCCUAAAAUCAGUUUUGGGUGCACCUGUUGAAGGUGCUCAGCCCACAGGAGCAGAAACAGUUGAGCGACUGGUGGAUCGAGUUCAGUCUUCGACGCUAUUGGAUGAUCGCAGGGAUGCGUGCCGUGCUCUCAAGGCGCUGUCCCGCAAGUAUCGCAUCGAAGUCGGGGCACAAGGAAUGGAGGCGCUGCGACAAGUGUUGGAAAUGGACAGAGGCGAUAGUGAAAUAGUAGGCUAUGCGCUUGAUACAUUGUGUAACGUAACUGCCUCCGAACCGUUUGAAGAGGAAGAGCAUCCUAACAUCAGUCCAUCGAGCAUGUCGACGAUAGGCGAACAGUUCACGGAGAUAUUCAUCAAGCAGCCGGACAACGUGGGCCUAGUCCUGGGCUUCCUGGAAGAGUACGACUUCCACAUCCGCUGGCCGGCUGUGCGCUUGCUGACGAGUCUGCUGGCCAACAAGCCCAAAGACAUACAAGAGAUUAUUCUCGUCAGUCCAAUGGGGGUGUCUAAACUCAUGGAUCUCCUCGGUGACACCAGGGAAGUCAUCAGGAAUGAUGCACUCUUGCUUCUGAUUCAGCUGACGAAAGGCAAUGCUAACAUACAGAAGAUAGUUGCUUUUGAGAAUGCAUUUGACCGCUUGUUUGAUGUGAUAGCUGAAGAAGGCUAUGCUGAUGGUGGCAUCGUUGUUGAAGACUGUCUUCUGCUGAUGCUGAAUUUGUUGAGGAAUAAUACAUCCAACCAGAACUUUUUUAAGGAAGGUAGUUACAUUCAGCGACUGGCUCCUAUGUUCGCACUUCCGCAGGACAGUGAUGCAGAGGGCUGGUCCCCACAGAAAGUCAGCAAUAUUCAUUGUGUUCUUCAGGUGGUGCGGACUCUGGUGAGCCCGGGCAACCCGGCGCAAGUGACGAGCUCCUCCCAGAAGACGAUGAAGAGCUGCGGCAUGCUGGAGGCGCUGUGCAACAUCCUGAUGGCCAGCGGCGUCCCGGCGGAUGUCCUCACGGAGACCAUCAGCGCCGUGGCGGAGGUGAUCCGUGGCAGCCAGGGCAACCAGGACUACUUUGCCAGCGUGAUGGCUCCGUCUAGCCCACCCAGGUCUGCGAUAGUCGUUCUGCUGAUGUCGAUGGUGAACGAGAAGCAGCCGUUCGUCCUGCGCUGCUCCGUGCUGUACUGCUUCCAGUGCUUCCUGUUCAAGAACGAGAUCGGCCAGUCGCAGUUGGUGCAGACUCUUCUGCCGUCCACGACAGAAGUGGUCAGCCUGACGAGCGGCCAGCUGCUUUGCGGGGGCCUGUUCAGCGGGGACGCCCUCUCGAACUGGUUCUCGGCGGUGGCUCUCUCCCACGCCCUGGUGGAGAACCCCGCCCAGAAGGAGCAGCUGCUCCGGGUGCUGCUGGCGACGAACGUGGGCACCCAGCCGGUCUCGCUGCUGCACCAGUGCGCCCUGCUGCUGCAGCAGUGCAACAAAGUGCAGUCGAAGCUGGGGAUCCUCAUCCUGCUGAGCACGUGGCUGUCUCACUGUCCGGUGGCUGUGAAGCAGUUCCUCUCCAUCCCGACCAGCAUCCCGUACCUCACGACACAGGCUGCAUCAAAUGAACACGAUGACACAGAAGAAAUUGUCCAAGGCUUAUGUGCAUUCCUGAUGGGUCUGUGCAUCUGUUUUAAUGAUGACUCUGUGCCUGCUUUUUCAAAGGAGAACCUGAAGAAGCUGGUGGAGAACCGGAUCGGCCUGGAGAUGUUCCUGGACAAGCUGUGCGAGGUGUCGAAGCACGAGGUGUACAGCAAGGCCGUGAAGCACCCGCAGCUGCGCCCCAGGCAGCCGGGCGAGCUGCUGCUGGACCACGAGUUCUGCAAGCUGUACCGAGCCCUGGAAGGUAUGAUUGUGAAGGCUGUCACCCUGAAGCCCCAGAACGACCUGGUGAACGGGUCGUCGGAGCUCUCGCUGUCCGCGUCCGAGAACGGCUUGUUGCUGCAGUACAAGGAGCUCAUCAGGGAGCAGGACCGCAGGCUCCAGGAGCUCGGCUCCACGGUCAACGCGCUCUCGGAGGAGAGGAACGCAGCCCGGGCGCACAUGGAAGAGCUGAUGGCCACGGUGUCUCAGCUGCGGGACGAGAACAAGCUGCUGAGGGCCCAGGCGCUCGCCGGUCUGGGUCCCGACGGUCGGACGGCAGAUUCCAGUCAGCAGCGAGACGGCGGUGACUCCCCGGCACACAAUCAGUACAACUCUGAGGAUGCUCUGUUACACAAACUGCACGAAGGUGCCAGAGAUGUUUCCAGUAACGGUGGCCUGGAGAACACAGAAGCACUUUGUUCCCGGCUGCAGGCAAUGAGCUUGGAGCUCCAGCAGGAGCAGAGGUUGCGAGCUCACGAGGAGAAAGUGACUAGUCAGCAUGAUGAGGAGCUGUCGCAGCUGAGGCUGCAGGUGGCGGAGCUGCGACGGAAGCUGUCGGCAGUCGACGAGAGGGCGGCGGAGCUGAACGCAGCGAACGUAGAGCUCGACAGGAUGCGCAAGGACCAAGAGGACCUCCUGGAACUGCUCACGGACCAGGACGCGAGGCUGAACGACUUCAAGGAGCGGUUGCGUGCCCUCGGGGAGAAGGUAGAUGAUGACGAUGAUGAUGAUUUGGAAGAAAAUGAAGUAAAUGAAGACGAAGAUGAUGCUUCGUAACUCGUUAAGUUUCUGUGUGCACUGUAACUAAAUUUCAGUGUCAGUGUAUGCUGUUUCGUUCCAAAGGUAAGUAAUUAAUACUGCAUGGUGUUCAACUGCAAGAUUUAAAAUCUGUAAGUAAAUGUAAAAUCUUACUUCUUCUUUGAAACUGUCAUUCCAAUCAUAGUUUUCUCUUUUAUGAAAGAAAUUGCUUUACAUAAAGAUAAUCAUAAUGUUAUGAAACUCAUAUAAACACUGGUGCUUUAAGUGACUUUCUGAAUACAAAAUAUUGGAAUGAAGCUAAGUGUUAUUAAUAAAAAAAAAUCAACUUGGUGUUAUUUUUUACAGUGUUUCUUGUUAAUUUUAGUUUGAUGGUGUGUUCCCACCUUUACGAAGUAAAAUAUAAUCACUUUGAACUUCAGUUUGAGAGAUAACUAGUAUUAUGUUUUUUCUACAGCACCUUUCGGUUGGCAAGAGCCACCAUUGCACAAAUUAAUUUGUUGUUGUGUAAUUACGUAAUUAGCAAUGUCAUUUCUGGAAAAUGUGCAGCAUAGCUAGACAGGGUAGACAUAUUUUUGUUUUUCAAUAGAUUUUACCGGUAAAUAAAUAAUAAACUAUAUAUGUUUGUAUGACUCUGUGCAGAAAGCAAGACAAGAAAAGUUGAUUAAGUAAUAACGGUGAUAACUAUAUGUAUUAGUAAUUAUGUAUACAUAUGCACCUAAGGGUCAUGUGUUCACAUUUGCAUUAGCCUACAAGUUAAAUCGUAAAUACUUAACUGAGAGUUUACAAAAGUGGCAUGUUAUAUAGUUCAAUAUGUUACUCUUUUGUGGAAAUAGAAAUAAACAAUUAUGUACUGUUUUGUGUUAGCAUAAAACUUAGAUAAAAAAAAAAUUAUUUGAAUUAUAUGACAUACAUGAGAUUAUAUUCUUAUGUGCCUGUAAUUGAAGAUAUCCUUAACAUAUUAAGCUAAAUAACUAAAUGUUACAAAAGAAUAAAUGAAACAAUUAGGUAUUUUAUGUUGCAUUUUUUAGUAUGCAAGAACAAAUGCCAGUUCAAAGAUAUUUUAAACGUGGUGUGUUGUAAAUAAAAGUAUAAGUGACUAUGUGUGUGAAACAUUUUGUAGGGCUGUGCAAGGUGUACAUAUGUGAAACAUAUUUGUGUAACAUGCUUGUGCGAUGUGCAUGCAGUGUGAGAUUCAUCAGCAUGUUGUGCAAUCUGAGUGUGUACCGUGCGUAUCUUGGUUUGGUUUUGCAAAUUUAAACCAUUUUAGGUAUAUCUAGUUGCCUUAAGUUUCUUAGACUUUUUUUUUUAAAGUGAAUCCUUUUGGCACUCAUUAGGGUAGGUCAAGGUGAUGACUCAUCAGAGCAUAACAAGAAGUGCAAUGCUCUGAAGUGGGGUGAUCAGUGAUACAGAAGGAAUAUCUAGCACCCCACUCCUCACUCUCAGGCAAGCUUUAGUGAAGCAAUGCUACAGUACUGCAUUUUUUGUUAUGCUUAAAGACUGUCAGUGUCAUAGCUUUUAUAUUAUGUAUGUACAGUAGAACCCUGUUAUAAUGUUUUUCAAGGGGGGAAAAAAAAAAAAAAAACACUAUAAGCAGGAAAAACUAAUUUAGCACUCGAUAGUAUUUUUAAUGUUUUCUGAUGGACUCAUUAAGCUAUGUAAAUUAAUUUCACGUUAAAAGGAAUGUAUCCCAAUAUGAAUUCCUAUAUUUUUAACCUACUUGUUAAACUCCGUACAUUCACAAAAAAAAAAAAUCUUACAUCAUAUUUGUGAAACAAUUUAAUUUUAGUUUAUAGCACUUAGUAUGAAAUUUAAUACUGAAUAUUGUAAAACUACGUAAGAACAUGCUUCAUAAAACAGGAUUAAUAAGCAACGGAAAUAUUUACUAUUUGUUAUUGUUUCCCUAGGUGAAGAUGCAAAUAGACAUGACACUGCAAACUUGAGUGUAUGGUACUGUAUUUGAUAUUGUAUUGAAUGCUACAGUGCACAGGGUUAGUUAAUUAGCCAGUGCUCACUGGAAGCGCCAGUGUUCUGGUACACUUCCAUUUUGUUUUCGCACACAAACCUAUUUGAACAAUCUAUAUCUAUGGUAUAACGAAUGUAAACAUAAAUGUAAUUAUUUUGUGUUGAUAUUAUUUAAUUAAAGCGUUUAAUUUAAUUGAUUGAAUAAUGGUUGAAAUAGUUACAUUUAUAUAACUGUUUGCACAACAUAAUGGAUUCAGAAAGCAAACAUUAUAAGCGGGAACAGCAUAAUUCGUGAAAUAUUAUAAACGGGAAAUAAAUACAUUGCUCUUAUGGGGAAAUUGUCGGAACUUAAAAAAUAUGGCAUUAUAGGCGGGAACAUUAUAACCGGGUUUCACUGUAUAUUUUACCGUGGACAGCACAAAUCUGUUAUUGCUAAUUUUGUUGCAUUUUGUUGUGUAUACGCUAAAAUUGAAAGACUAUUAUUUGUUUUUGUCAUGGUUACUGUUACCCUGCAUUAUGCAGGUUGAUAAAUGUAGUAAGUUAUUUUGAAUUUGUAGUACAUAUUUGUAAAUAUUAAAAGCUUUAAUGUUAA